GUGAGAGCCCCAGCUCCAGGGGAAAGCUCCCUGGGCGAUGGCUGCGGUAAUGGAACCGUGGGAGCUCCACGAGGUGCAGGUUCAGCGUCUUAAAGGGAUGAGCAGCGGCUCGCCACAGCUCGGAGGCGAGUGGGCAGCGCUCCAGGCCGAGGGCCCCGCGUCGGCAAAGACACAGGACCCACGACAAGGCGACCACGGCCUGAGUCAAAAGGAGGGCCGCGCGCCUCCUCUCCAGCCCGCAGCAAGCGGGUGCCACGAGGCACUCAGCCGGUCCCCGAAGUUCCUCUCACGCCGCCCCAGGACCACCGCCGUAGUCCAGGCCAAAAAGCGCUGCGGGGACUCCCGAGGCCGCGAAUGAUCCAGGAGCCUCCAGCCGUCGGCCAAGUAUCGCGAGAGCGCGGCCUCGCCCUCCCAGCAUGCCCCGCGCCGCCGCCGCUGCCGCCGCCGCCGCCGCCGCGCCGCGGCUUGAGGGCGGGAGGCUGGGGGAGGGUAGCGGAGCCGGCGCCGCCGCCAUGUUGGGUCUGAAGCGGCUGCUGUAGGCGCCGACGGAGCGAGCGGGCGUGCGGAGCGGGCGACAGCGGCGUGGGAUCUGCCUCUCUGCGAGCAGCUGGGAGCGGCGGCGGCGGCGCCAUGAGCGGGGGCACCCCUUACAUCGGCAGCAAGAUCAGCCUCAUCUCCAAGGCGGAGAUCCGCUACGAGGGCAUCCUCUACACCAUCGACACCGAAAACUCCACCGUAGCCCUUGCCAAAGUUCGAUCCUUUGGUACAGAAGACAGACCAACAGAUCGUCCAAUACCACCUCGAGAUGAAGUCUUUGAAUACAUUAUAUUCCGUGGGAGUGACAUUAAAGACCUUACUGUUUGUGAGCCACCAAAACCACAGUGUUCUUUGCCUCAAGACCCAGCUAUUGUUCAGUCCUCACUAGGCUCAUCGACUUCUUCAUUCCAGUCCAUGGGUUCUUAUGGGCCUUUCGGCAGGAUGCCCACAUACAGUCAGUUCAGUCCAAGUUCCUUAGUUGGGCAGCAGUUUGGUGCUGUUGGUGUUGCUGGAAGCUCUUUGACAUCCUUUGGAACAGAAACAUCAAACAGUGGUACCUUACCCCAAGGUAGUGCGGUUGGUUCCGCCUUUACACAGGAUACAAGAUCUCUAAAAACACAGUUAUCUCAAGGUCGCUCAAGCCCUCAGUUAGACCCUUUGAGAAAAAGCCCAACCAUGGAACAAGCAGUGCAGACCGCCUCGGCCCACUUACCUGCUCCAGCAGCUGUUGGGAGAAGGAGUCCUGUAUCAACCAGGCCUUUGCCAUCUACCAGCCAAAAGGCAGGAGAGAAUCAGGAGCACAGGCGAGCUGAAGUACACAAAGUUUCAAGGCCAGAAAAUGAGCAACUCAGAAAUGAUAACAAGAGACAAGUAGCUCCAGGUGCUCCUUCAGCUCCAAGGAGAGGGCGUGGGGGUCAUCGGGGUGGCAGGGGAAGAUUUGGUAUUCGGCGAGAUGGGCCAAUGAAAUUUGAGAAAGACUUUGACUUUGAAAGUGCAAAUGCACAAUUCAACAAGGAAGAGAUUGACAGAGAGUUUCAUAAUAAACUUAAAUUAAAAGAAGAUAAACUUGAGAAACAGGAGAAGCCUGUAAAUGGUGAAGAUAAAGGAGACUCAGGAGUUGAUACCCAAAACAGUGAAGGAAAUGCUGAUGAAGAAGAUCCACUUGGACCUAAUUGCUAUUAUGACAAAACUAAAUCCUUCUUUGAUAAUAUUUCUUGUGAUGACAAUAGAGAACGGAGACCAACCUGGGCUGAAGAAAGAAGAUUAAAUGCUGAAACAUUUGGAAUCCCACUUCGUCCAAACCGUGGCCGUGGGGGAUACAGAGGCAGAGGAGGUCUUGGUUUCCGUGGUGGCAGAGGGCGUGGUGGUGGCAGAGGUGGUACCUUCACUGCCCCUCGAGGAUUUCGCGGAGGAUUCAGAGGAGGUCGUGGGGGCCGGGAGUUUGCAGAUUUUGAAUAUAGGAAAGACAACAAAGUUGCUGCAUAGUCUACAAACAAGUCUCUGAAAAUAGGUGAAUUUCUAGCUCUUCAUGGUCCUGAACAUUGAUUUCAGUCUUUGCGAAGAACGAAGAAGUGAAUUCGCUGUACAUUUGUCACCAGCACUGGGUUUUUGUUUUUUGUUUGUUUUUCCGCUUAAUUUCAAAAAUAAAAUGCAGUUACUUUUGGGGGUGGAAGGCUCAUCUUAAAACAUGAGCAUUAAAUAUAUUUGGAAUAGCAGAAGGUUAAGUAAUUUCUUAUGUAUAGUUAAACUAAAGCAGUACUUCAGUGGGACUUACAAGUAUUUUUUCAUCACUGAAAGGUUUUUUUUUUUUAUCACUAAAUUGUAUUUGGCAAUUGCAAGUUGCCUGCAGAUAGGGCCGUGAUACUGUGUUUUGAGCCACAGAAGGUUGUGUGUGUGCGCGCGCGUGUGUGUGUGUGUGCGUGUAUCUUUUUCCUCCUUUCUUUUGGGGAAUCCUGUAAUAUGAGGUAGCUUAUUUCAUCAAUUAAUUAGGGUGCUGGAUGGUAGAGAAUUUUGUCAGUCAACUAUGUACACACAGUAAAUACUGUUUCUUAGGCAAAGGUAACUUUUUUAUAUAGUUGUAAAAUUCCAUUAUAUUCCAUUGCCAAAGAAACAUUAAGAACUUUGUAUAGCUGUAUAAAAAGCAACUAAUUUUUUAAAGAAUAAACAUUUUAAAGUCAGCAAA